AUGGCAUCAACUGGCAACUUCAAAAAAUGGUGGUCAUCAGUUAUUGAAGCAAGAUACGGACAACAGGGGAUGGAACACAUUGCACUCACAGUAACUAUAGUUUGGCACAUUUGGAAAGCAAGGAAGGAAAGAAUGUUUGAGGCCAAAGUAAAGGAACCUAUGAGAAUCAUUACUAAGGCCAGUAAUGAAUGGCUAGAGUUUCAAAGUAUGGAUAAGCCAAGAAGAGUACUAAGAGUUUCAGUUUCAAGGCAAAAAGAGACAAGCACUGUUGGCUAUGGUAUAGCUGCCAAAGAUGGAGGAGGAUGCUACAUAGCAGGAUGGGGACUAAGAGAAAAGAUGACAGGAUGCAACAUUCAACAGGAAGUUGAAGCUAUACGUUAUGCUUUAAUUAAAACCUUGGAACAGGAAUGGACAACAAUUACUGUUGAAACAACCAGUAAGGAGCUGCUGAAUCAACUGCAAAGGAAUGCGAAUAGGAACAACUUGGUGGCUACAUUGCUGGAAGAUAUACAAGCACCGAGUAUUUUGUUUCGAAUGUGCUCCUUUUGUUUGGUAGGAAUAGAAAAUACGGAUCUAAGCUACAUAAUUAGUGCUCAAGCUUUGAGCAGAAAUCAAGAUGUGGAAUAG